CAGCAGCAGCAGCAGCAGCAGCAAGUGCAGGUUUACCCUCAGCUGCGGCUGAAAAGUGUCACUCUCUCUCGUUUUGCUCGCGGCACCAUAAGCGCGAGCCUUUGCGACAUGGUGUACGUACACCUGAGCCCCAAGCGCGCGGUGCUGCUGGCUAGCUGCAACGCAACAGACCUGCCAGGGGACUGCAGCGGGGAGCCAGUGACAGCAGCAGCAGCAGCAGCAGGCAGCAGCAGCAGCAGCAACUGGGGCUUCUACGAAGUGCGAGCAGCAGAACAAACCCUAGAAGGCCUCGAAACUGUCACUGAAGUGCUGCAGAGCCACUCCGCCUUCAUAGUGGGUCUUGCUGCUUCUCGAACAGCAGCAACUGUGGCAUCUUUAUCUGCUGACGGCCGGCUAGUUGUCUUCGCCAAGCAGGCUGCUGUGGCUGCUGCUGCUGCUGCUGCAGCUGCUGCUGCAGCUGCUGCAGCUGCAGCAGCAGAGGCCGCGGCUACGCCGCCUGCUGCCCCCGGCCACACGCCCUCCACUGCAAUGUCUCAGGAUAGCAGUGCAGCGGAUGCAGGAAGCCAGCAGCAGCAGCAGCAGCAAGAUGUUGCUGCUGCUGCAUUUUCCCCAGCAGCAGCUGGCGCUACUGAGAGCGCAGUAGCAGCAGCAGCAGAAGCACCGGAGACUCCUGGCGCUGCUUCCGACGGCGAGCGCUCUAGGAAACGGCCCCACGUGAAUGAAGAGCAGCGGCUCGCUGCUGCUGCUGCUUCUCCAGCAGCAGCAGCAGAUGGUGCAGCAGCAGCAGACGAUGCAGCAGCAGACGGUGCAGCGCCUGAUGCUGCAGCGGCCCCAGCUGGCCAGCCUGCCGCAGCAGCUGCGGCGGCAGACGCAGCAAGUACGGUAGCAGCUGCUGCAGCAGCAGCUGCAGCAGCAGCACCUGAUGAAACUGAUGAGUCUUUGUUUGGCCCCACAUAG